CCUCCUCUCGUCAUCUAUUUGGUCUCUCUCAACUUUUCGUCUUGGUUGCAUCUGUCCAUUGUAUUGCAUUAACGUUGGCCUCUUCGAUUCAUUUGUCUCCGCCAUCGACCGAGGUUGAGGAGGAGGAAGAGGAACGAUGAGGUGGGAGGGAGUGGACGAGGAUCUCGCGAGGAUGGUGUCGGAGACGAAGCUGGACCAGGCGCGCGAGCGUAGGAAGGUCCGCGAGGCCUUCAAGGACGUGCAACUUAACAUCGAUCAUUACCUCUUCAAGGCAAAUCAUACUGGACUGAGGACAAAAGAGUCAUAUGAGGUGAAUGCCAGAGGUAUAGAAAUUUUCUCCAAAAGCUGGCUUCCGGAGAACUCCUCUAUUAAGGCUCUUGUUUGUUUCUGUCACAAAUAUGGAGACACCUGCACUUUUUUCUUUGAAGGUGUUGCUAUGAAGCUAGCGUCAUGUGGAUAUGGAGUUUUUGCUAUGGAUUAUCCUGGAUUCGGUCUCUCAGAAGGUCUUCAUGGUUAUAUACCAAACUUUGAUUGCCUUGUAGAUGAUGUCGUCGAACAUUUCUCCAAAAUCAAAGAAAAUCCGGAGUACGAUGGACUACCAAGCUUUGUGUUUGGAGAAUCAAUGGGUGGAGCAGUUGCUUUGAAGGUGCAUUUAAAACAGCCAGAUUCAUGGGAUGGUGCAAUUUUAGUAGCACCAAUGUGCAAGAUUUCAGAAAAUAUUAUUCCACCAUGGCCUGUGAAGCAAUUUCUGAUUGGCAUGGCUAAACUUCUUCCAGAAAAGAAAAUAAUUCCUAUAAAGGAUUUAGGAGAACUGGCAUAUAGAGAUCGGAAGAAACUAGAGCAGAUUUCAUAUAAUGUGCUUAGAUACAAGGGCAAAACACGCCUGAGGACAGGACUGGAGCUGGUGAAAGCUACUCGGGAGAUUGAGCAACGACUAGAAGAAGUGUGUCUGCCGUUGCUAAUACUCCAUGGUGAGUUUGACAGUAUAACUGAUCCUUCAGGAAGCAAGGGUUUGUAUGAGAAAGCUAGUUGCACUGACAAGAAGUUGUGCCUUUACGAGGAUUCAUAUCAUGCUCUGAUGGAGGGUGAGCCUGAUGAGAUAAUAUCCCAAGUUCUUGAUGACAUCUUCUCUUGGCUGGACAAUCAAGUUAAUAGAGUUAGGCGGUAACUGGUCAUUUUGUUUCGCUUCAUGCAUAAGCUUAAUCCAUUCAUGAAAAGGGCAUUCUGGUCUGCAGAGAAAACUCUUAUGUUAAAGUUGCCGUGACAUUCUUAAAGAAAAGAUCUAUGCUACAUGUAAUACAGCAGCUCUAUUCAUAAG